UUUUUGCCUUUUAUCUUGUUCGUCAAGCUCUGUUUCCAAAUUCAAGUUUCUUUACAAUGUGGUGGAUUCGAUUUAUUAGUUCAUCUCUCGAAGAAUGGUUCGUGGGUUAAUGAAUUUCCCAAGAAUCUCAACCAAGUUAAUGAACAUAUGCCUUGAUUCUCUCUGUAAAUUCCGAAACUUGGAGAAAGCUGAAUCCUUACUCGUAGACGGGAUCAGAUUAGGUGUUCUCCCCAAUGUUAUCACUUACAACACUUUAAUCAAAGGGUACUCUCGUUUCGUCGGGAUCGAUGAAGCUUACGCUGUAACUCGUCGUAUGAGAGAAGCUGGGAUCGAACCUGACGUUGCUACUUACAAUUCAUUGAUCUCCGGAGCUGCUAAACAGUUGAUGCUAAAUCGUGUACUCCAACUGUUCGACGAAAUGCUUCACUCAGGUUUGUCUCCUGAUAUCUGGUGUUACAACACUUUGAUGUCUUGUUACUUCAAAUUAGGGAAACAUGGUGAAGCGUUUCGGAUUCUUAACGAGGAUAUAGAGUUAGCUGGGUUGGUUCCUGGUGUUGAUACUUAUAACAUUCUUCUUGAUGCGCUUUGUAAAAGUGGUCAUACGGGUAACGCGAUUGAGCUCUUUAAGCAUCUGAGGACUCGGGUUAAACCUGAGCUUAUGACUUAUAACAUUCUCAUCAAUGGUCUUUGUAAAGCGAGAAGGGUUGGUUCCUUGAAUUGGAUGUUGAGAGAGCUCAAGAAAUCGGGUUACACUCCUAAUGCGGUAACGUACACAACAAUGCUUAAAAUGUAUUUUAAGACUAGGAGGAUUGAGAAAGGGCUUCAGUUGUUUAUGAAAAUGAAGAAAGAAGGUUAUACCUUUGACGGGUAUGCGAACUGUGCGGUUGUUAGUGCUUUGAUUAAAACAGGAAGAGCAGAGGAGGCUUACGAGUGUAUGCAAGAGCUUGUGAGAAGCGGUACACGGAGUCAAGACAUUGUUUCAUACAACACGUUGUUGAAUCUGUAUUUUAAAGAUGGGAAUUUAGAUGCGGUGGAGGAUCUAUUGGAGGAGAUUGAGGUUAAAGGAUUGAAACUUGAUGAUUACACGCAUACGAUUAUAGUCAAUGGUUUGUUAAACAUAGGUCAUACAGGAGGAGCUGAGAAGCAUAUGGCAUGUAUGGGAGAGAUGGGGACGCUGCCUAGUGUCGUCACUUGUAACUGUAUGAUUGAUGGGUUGUGUAAAGCGGGUCAUGUAGAUCGUGCGAUGAGGUUGUUUGCGUCGAUGGAAGUUAGAGAUGAGUUUACUUACACUUCUGUUGUGCAUAAUCUAUGUAAAGAUGGGCAGCUCGUAUGUGCUUCGAAGCUGCUAUUGUCUUGUUACAAUAAAGGAAUGAAGAUUCCGUCAUCGGCUAGACGAGCAGUGUUGUCCGGUUUACGGACGACGGUAUCUUACCAGGCAGCAAGGAAGACACAUUUUAAAAUCAAAGCAGCUAUUGAAUCCAAUGCAUUAAUGUAUCCUUAAAGACUUUAGAAACUGUAUCUUAUAGAAGAAAAAUAUUGAUUCAUCCAUGAGCCUCAAGCUCAAGGGUCAUCGGAAAAAAUAGUAUGUUAUCGAUCAAUAUACCCGAUAAGAUAAGAGAAUAUAAA